UGACGCAUGCAGACAUCCUUUUAAUCCUGGUCUUCCUUUGAUCCGGUUUCCUGGUCGCUAUUUUUACUCAGGGAUCUGGGUAUAUUGCGGUGGAUAGUAGGAAGAGGAGGAAGUAAAUGCUUGGAUUCUAGCAGUAGGGCGCUGUACCAUCGCUGUACCAUUCCAGCAAAGGAAUAAUCUACUCCGAAUCCCUGCAGGUCAACAGAAUACAGUGCAUUUGGAGGCUAGAAAGAGAAGGAAGAAACUGCUUGGACCUCUUCGGGUAUAUCUGAGUGCUUCAUUGCCCUAGGACAUCUUGAAGGACAGAGGUGGCAGGGAACUUUUAAAAUACUUUAAAUUUGAUGUUCUGAGUGGGAUGGUAAAAUAUGAGGUCUGUAUGUGGGAAAAUUUACAAAAUUAGCUUCCCAAUUGAGAAAAGGAAUCAGUGAUUCUAAUAGCAAGCUCUGUAUAUUUGUAGUUCAGUUUGUUUGCAUGCAAAGGCACAAAAGGGGAAGCCCAAAGCUUGAAAUCUUUCCUUUAUUUCUAGAUUGCCCUCUGUCUGCAGUUGCAGCAGUCUGCCAGCAGCAGCUGAAGACUCCGCCCCUUACACAGGAUUAUCCUGGGCUGGAGCAAGCCUGCUCUGUGCCCAGGUUAAGAGAUUCACUCCAGCUAUACCAUGGGCCGCACUAGGGAGGCUGGCUGUGUAGCUGCUGGCAUGGUCAUUGGGGCUGGUGCCUGCUACUGUGUAUACAGAUUGACCUGGCGAAAAGAUGAGAAUGAGAAAAUCUGGGAUGAUGAUGAAGAGUUUAGUGAUACAUCAGAAAUUGGGGUUGAGACCGAGAAAGGAGCCAAGAAUAAUGUUGGAGUAGGGGUUGGAGCCAAACCUCAGUGUGACACUGAGGCCAAGGCUGAGGUGAGAUUGGGACUUGAGAGUGGUCCGGGUAUAAAGCAGGGGUCCCACUGUGGAUCCCAGAGUAGAGGUGGCCUAGAAGCUAAGGCCAAGGCCCUUUUCACCAUCUUGAAGGAACAGGCAAGUGCAAAAGUGGGCAAAGGGGCCAGGAUUGGUAACAUUUCUGGGAGUAGGACCCUUGCACCAAGUUUGCCCUGCCCCGGAGUCAGAGGUGGAGGCUGCCACCCCGCUAAGAGUGGAGCUAGGGCUGGGAGAAAGGCAAGUGGAAAAUCCAAGGGAAAAGCUCGAAAUAAGAGCACUAGGGCUCUACCUACAACGUGGCCAGUCCGCAGGGGCAAGUUCAAUUUUCCCUAUAAAAUUGAUGAUAUUCUAAGUACUCCUGAUCUUCAGAAGGUCCUUAACAUCCUGGAGAGAACAAAUGAUCCUUUUAUUCAAGAAGUAGCCUUGGUCACGCUGGGUAACAAUGCGGCAUAUUCAUUUAAUCAAAAUGCCAUACGUGAAUUGGGUGGUGUCCCAGUUAUUGCAAAACUGAUAAAAACGAAAGACCCCAUUAUUAGGGAAAAGACUUACAAUGCCCUUAAUAACUUGAGUGUGAAUGCUGAAAAUCAGGGCAAGAUUAAGACAUAUAUCAGUCAAGUGUGUGAUGAUACUGUGAUCUGUCGCUUGGACUCAGCUGUGCAGAUGGCUGGACUAAGACUGUUAACCAACAUGACUGUGACCAAUCAUUACCAACAUUUGCUUUCCUAUUCUUUUCCAGAUUUUUUUGCUUUAUUAUUCCUAGGAAAUCACUUCACCAAGAUACAAAUUAUGAAACUAAUUAUAAACUUUACUGAAAACCCAGCCAUGACAAGAGAGCUGGUCAGUUGUAAAGUACCAUCAGAGUUGAUUUCCCUCUUUAAUAAAGAAUGGGAUAGAGAGAUUCUUCUUAAUAUCCUCACUCUUUUUGAGAAUAUAAAUGACAAUAUAAAAACUGAAGGUCUUGCAUCAUCCAGGAAAGAAUUCAGCAGAAGUUCACUGUUUUUUUUAUUUAAGGAAUCUGGAGUAUGUGUUAAGAAAAUCAGAGCAUUAGCAAAUCAUAAUGAUCUAGUGGUGAAAGUAAAAGUCCUGAAAGUAUUAACCAAGCUCUAAUUUCUUUUUUUCUUUUCUCUCUCUCUCUCUCUCUUUUUUUUUUUGGUACUGGGGAUCGAA